GGCCUACACUCAUAGGCAGUUUCUAAAUAACAAACCCUGUAAUAAUGUCUUGGUUUCUUGUGUUUCUGUUUCUGAGUCUCACACAUUGUAGUGUUUCAAAGACUAGCCAUCACAAGAACCUUCCUUCUGCUGUUGUGGUUGGCACUGUCUACUGUGACACAUGUUUUCAACAUGAUUUCUCCACAAGAAGCCAUUUCAUUUCAGGUGUCUCAGUAGCUGUAGAAUGCACAGUUGGGAAUUCAAUAGUACCAAGUUUCAAGAAAGAAGUGAAGACAGAUGAGCAUGGGGAAUUCAAAGUGCAACUACCCUUUAGAGUGAGGAAAGAUGCAACGAGAAUCAAGAGAUGUACUUUCAAGUUGAUCAGUAGCAGUGAUCCUCACUGUGCUGUGGCCUCUGUUGCUACCUCUUCUUCAAUGAGUCUCAAGACAACAAAGCAAGGAGAACACAUAUUCUCAGCCGGCUUGUUCUCAUUCAGGCCUAUAAAAAAGCCAAACUUUUGUAACAACAAACAAAGUGCUCCAAACACCAUUACACAAACUUUAGACGAAUCUCAAUCUGAUAAAAAAUCAGCUGAAGAUACAUUUUUUCCACCAACCCCAUUUCUACCAUUUCCACCACUCCCACCAAUCCCAUUUCUACCGCCACUCCCACCACUCCCUCCGAUCCCAUUUUUACCGCCACUGCCACCAAUUCCAUUUCUCCCACCACUCUCUCCAAACCCACCUUCAAACCCACCCCUAGCACCAAGUCCACUUCUACCUCCCAACAGUCCUAAUCCAAAGCCACCACAUUUCCCUAAGCCAUUUCAUCCUUAAGGCCCACCAAGAACACCCGGUUCUUGCACAUCCCUUGCUUCUUCCGAGGACACUUCUCCUUGAUUAAAUAGAAUACUUGCAGGAAAACCGGUGUAAGCCUCUGAAUAAAAAUACUUGGCAGGAAAAGAAAAUAGAAAUAAUGAGGUAAACUGAAGUUAAAAUUCACUUGGGAAUGGGAAGUGAUGUUAUGCAGGAGAUCCUUUGAAAUUUAUUUGAGAUAUUGAAGUUAAUGUCAACUUAUCAUUGAUUUCACCUUAUUAAUCCAUAAUUUUCUUUUUA